AGAGUUAAAUAGGGAAACUACCUUAAUUAUGUUAUGUGCAAUAAAGUGUCUAAGAUAUCACAAAAUCACUUUAUUCCUCCCCAUCCUUUUUCUUCCAAGCUUUAAAUACCUCAAAUAUAGCUAUGGAGGACUUAAACAUGUGGCUUUCUUUCUAUAUGAAUGAAAGUGACAACCAUGAUUUCCCCAUCAGAAGGUUUUGUCCUGCAAGAAUGGAGCAAGAUCAAGGAGGAGAUUGCCAUGACCAAGAAACAAUACUUGAUCAUAUUGAAUUGUGUACUUUUGAUACUAACACAACUCCUUGUUUAUUAGCUUCUUCAGAAGUUGAUGACUUUGUUGAUAGUUUCAUCAACAUGGAUCAGUACGAAGAUCAAGAGUCUCAAGAGAAUCAUAAUCAUCAUCAAAGUUUUUAUCACUUUGUGGUGAAUGAAGAAGAUGAUGAUGUUGAUGCAUACUCCAUUGGAUAUGUUCCAACCACAAUGGAGGAUGAAGAAUUAGAGAUAUGUGAUAAUACCGCAAUCACAAUGGAGGAAGAAGAAGUUGAAAUGAAUGGCACUUUUGGUGCUAUACCACAGGCACGAGCCAGUGUCGGUAUGAACCAAGGCCUUGACUUGGUGCAUACGUUGCUGGUUUGUGCUGAGGCCAUAGGCUGUAGAGACAACCACCAGGCAAAUUUGUUACUUGGGAAAAUUUUGGCUAUGGCAAAUCCUUCAGGAGAUUCAUUGCAAAGAGUCUCUUACUGUUUUGCCAAAGGCUUGAAGUGUAGGUUAUCACUUUAUCCUCAUAAUAAUGUAUAUUCAAAUGGUGCACUCACAACAAGUGCUUCUAAUGAUGUUUCUUUGAUCACUAGGGAAAAUAAGUUGGAAGCUUUUCAACUUCUUUACCAAACAACACCCUACAUUACUUUUGGUUUCAUGGCUGCAAAUGAAGCUAUAUGCCAAGGAUCAAAAGGUAAAAGCUCAAUACACAUAAUUGAUUUAGGAAUGGAGCAUACUCUUCAAUGGCCUUCCCUUAUAAGGAACCUCGCUUCGAGGCCCGAGGGGCCUCCAAGGCUAAGGAUAACAGGAUUCAGUACGAACAAAGAAAACAAUGCGAAACUUCACACUAGCAUGAAUUUUCUUGUGGAGGAAGCAAUCUCAUUAGGAAUAGUCCUUGAAUUUCACAUAAUAUCAGAGCCGGCAACGCCUUCUUUUCUUACAAUUGAGAACCUCAACUUGAGAGAAGGUGAAUCGUUAUUUGUUAAUAGCAUCUUAAAAUUGCACAAUUAUGUGAAAGAAAGUAGAGGUUAUCUAAAGGCAGUUCUUCAAUCAAUCAAGAAGCUAAGUCCAAUUGCAGUGACAGUUAUAGAGCAAGACACAAACCAUAACGGACCUUUCUUUCUAGGGAGGUUUUUGGAAUCACUUCACUAUUACUCAGCAAUAUUUGAUUCUCUUGAAGCAUGUAUGCCAAGAAAUAGUCCUAUUAGGAUGAAAAUAGAGAGAGCACAUUUUGCAGAAGAAAUUUGUAACAUUGUUGCUUAUGAAGGUCCCGAUAGAAUGGAGAGACAUGAAAGAGUAGAUCAAUGGAGAAGACAAUUAGGAAGAGCAGGAUUUCAUGUAAUGCCACUCAAGUGUACAAGUCAAGCUAGAAUGAUGCUUUCUGUUUAUGAUUGUGAGGGAUAUACAUUGUCAUGUGAAAAGGGCUGUCUUUUACUUGGUUGGAAAGGAAGGCCUAUUAUGAUGGCUUCUGCUUGGCAAGUGGCAAGUUUCUCAUAAACAGAUUUUGUUCUUUUGUAAUCUGAAACCAUUCAUUUCAGAUUACCGGUUGAGAUAGUUUACUGUGUGCUUUUUCUUCGACAGAGAAUGCAGAAUCCAAAUCCAAGAAAAAGGGAGUAGAAUGAUCAUGCACUUAUUCAUUUCCAUUAUUUGUUUCUUUCAACAUCAAUUUAAUUGAGUUAAUCAUAUUAGUAUACCUUCCUAUUUCACUCAAUUGAAGUGUAUCAUUUUUGAAAAAAGUCGAGUUAGUUAUUUCUUAUUGAACUUCUUGACCAUGUAUUUCAGUCUCAAAUUUCAUAUGGUAUUUGAUAUGAGCAGAUAGCACCACAGCACAUCCAUUUUUCCCACCUUGCCAAUCUGCAUUGUAAGUUACAAUUUUAGCAUUUUUAUUAUUGUCAACUCACGAUUGUAAUCCCUCUAAUAUUAUUUUCAAUUUUUUGGCCUUAUGU